UCCUGCCGCAAGGAUGGACGUGCGCUCCAUGUCAUCCAUGUUAACUGCAAUUUUGAACUUACAUUGUGCCACAUUUAAAAUGAAAACAGAAAAAGACAACAAAAUAAUAAAGCAACAAAAACAAGCCAAAAGAGUCAUUUAAUAACUAAAUCCCAACCAAACGCUUUGGUCACGUUCGAGACGGGGAAUAUACACACAGAGAAACAUCAUAAUCAUGGACUACUCUACUCCGACGCUAAGUGUGGGCGAGAGACUGUGUGGCAGUGACUGAGUGACGAGUGAUUGUGUGUGUUGGUGUGUGGUAUACCUUUUCCUAUAUAUAUACAUAUAUAAACGCGCGUGUGUGUGUGUGUGUGUAUGGAUGAGGAGGGCCGACAACCUAAUGUGCUUCUUACAUAUACAUGAAAAUAAUAAUACAAAAGCCAAAGUCGUCGUCGCUGUUUCACCUCGUGCGUGUUGUGUCCAUCGCGUUGUCGAGUCGUUGUUGGAGUGCUAAGAACGGAAAUAUUUGAAAAUCCGGAAAGAACACACAUAGAACACUAAAAAUAUAGAUGCGAAAAACUGUGAACACAAAUUGAAAGAUGUAAUUGGAAAUGUGGUUAAACAAGAUAUAUGAAAUUACUUGCCAUUGCGCAAUCGACUAUCGAAAAAAAUCGAGAAUCUAUAAGUAAACUGAAACAUAUAUAGAGAUUGUAACUCAAUUAGCAUUGCGAAUGGAUUCAGAUAAGGUGACCAUGAUGAUGCUGAUGAUGCUGGGGAUGAGGCUAAGGUUGCAGCUCCUUCUGGCUGGUAUUUCAAAUCGAAGCUUGUCAAGUCUGAAGUCUGACUAUUAAAUCAAACACAAUUUUGUGUCUUGUGUCUCGGAAUUUUAACAACAAUAAACGAAAGCAUCAAGAAUAUAUAUACAUAUAUAUAUAUAUAACGCAAGCGUAAAAUAUGUCGACAGACUACCCAAGCCCAUUGAAAGUGAUUUGCUUUAUACAACUGUUCUGGCUGGUCCUGCUAUUGGAAUGCGGUGUGGUCAUCAGCGAAGUGCCUCCACAUUACUGGGAAACGCCGUAUUCGCAGCCCUAUUUCGACAACUCGUCUCGUCGCGAGGUCACGGCAACGGUGGGCCAGGCGGCUCUGAUGCACUGUCGGGUCAGGAAUCUGGGAGAUCGGGCGGUAUCUUGGAUUCGUAAACGUGAUCUGCACAUACUUACCGUUGGCAUUCUUACCUACACCAAUGAUCAGCGUUUCCAGUCACUGCACUCGGAGGGUUCGGAUGAAUGGACUUUGCGUAUAUCGUCUCCCCAACCUCGUGAUUCGGGCACCUAUGAGUGUCAAGUGUCCACAGAGCCGAAAAUCAGUCAAGGCUUUCGACUGAAUGUUGUGGUGUCGCGUGCUAAAAUCCUGGGCAAUGCCGAGCUGUUCAUCAAGAGCGGCAGCGACAUCAAUCUCACCUGCCUGGCGAUGCAGUCGCCGGUGCCACCAUCGUUCAUCUACUGGUACAAAGGCAAGCGGGUCAUGAAUUAUUCUCAGCGCGGCGGCAUUAAUGUCAUCACGGAGCGUUCCACGCGCACCAGUAAACUGCUGAUAGCCAAGGCCACGCCAGCGGACUCGGGCAACUACACGUGCUCGCCGAGCAGCUCAGACUCCGCCUCGGUGGUGGUGCAUGUCAUAAACGGUGAGCAUCCGGCAGCCAUGCAGCAUGGCAAUAGUAGUGCCAGCUCCUUGCGCUGGAAUUCAGUGCCUUUACUUGCCAUUACGACGACAACGACAGUUGCGGUGGCUGUCACUUGGAACUGGAACUGGAGCAGCACUGCUCAAAGCGUUUUCCGUGGCGGCGGCAGUGUCUUAAUUUCGUGGCUGCCAGAGGCAUGGCAUCGCUUAAGUUGGGCACGGACUCGGAGUUGGAGCUGAUGGUGCAGCCAUCCUCGUCGUCGCUAGCUGAAUGACAGCCCCGGCCUAGUUGGGGCUGCUCUCCAUCGUCUCAUCUGUGUAGUGUUAAUGAUGCAUUUAAUGUGUAUGUGUGUUUUGGUGGUUGAUAGUUGGUAGUAAACGGACGGACAGACGAACGAACGGACGGACAGAAGCAAGGAAGUAAGGCAAAAAAUGGAAAUGAACUAGUGUAUAUAAAAGAACGUGUCCUUUAAUAAGUAUUAUCUAUAAGAAUUAUUCAUGGCAGAAAGAAAAAAACCAAAAUGAAAUAUGAGAGUAUUAUGAGAGUAUGAUGCAACUGUAUAAGAAACAAAAACAACAACAUCACCAACAACAAAAUAUGCCCAUAAACUAAGAUUAAUUAAAUUCUGGAAUCAUUCAUCUGGCAUGUCUAACUGGGAGUAACUUUUUUUCCACAAGACUUUUCAAAUACUCUUCAUUGAGGAGAAUAUUAGUUCCAUCUUAAAGUCGAUUCGCCUAUCUUUUUCCCAUCUAGAUGACUUUUAUAUUAAGAUAACUUUGUUUUGCACUUACCCCAAACAUUUGGAGGGCUAAAAUGUUGCUCCGUUAAGCAAUUUUACCUUCAUUUUUGCUUCGUAUUGAAAUUUACUUCAUAAAGUUAGUGUUCUUAAUGGAAUAAAAUUUAAAAAGACUCCCUUUACAAGGUAUUAAUGCUUCGGUAUGCCGAAAUGAACUUUAUUUUCUUGUUGUUUAAAUUAAAACCAUUGUCGUGAAAAAAAGUUACGCGUAAUUGCCUAGAAAGAGCUCCCAAACCCAAGUGGGGCGCACGUGUCACUCACAAAAAAUUGGCCCAAACUCUUGACUCUGCCAUCUCUGCACAUUGUUGUUGUUCUCUUUCCUUUGU